UCCUAUUUCAGGCCUUAAAAUCUAUGAAGGAGGAGUGGGGACUGUUGCAUUUGGCACAUGGUGGAGACACAGCAGUCUCUGUGCUGAUUGUCCAGAAAAUGGCAGAAGAGAGUGCUGAAGAGGCAAGCGAUACCAGUGGAGGGGUGAAUGUCUCAUUUCUGCCGGAUCACGGACCAGUAGCAGAAAGGAGAAGAGAAGUCGAUUUCAGCCUAAAAUGCAUUAAAGAUAAAUGGAUCCCAAUUACCGUUACUGUCGUCAUCACAGCUUUGAUCAUCACCGUAAUUGCACUGGCGGCCAGGAAGCCUCCCCGCUGCCCACGCAGCCCACCCCACGUCACUGCUGCGUGCCCGGAUGGCUGGGUGGGAUACCAAGGGAAAUGCUACUACUUCUCAGAGACUGAAGAUCACUGGAACAACAGCCAGAGCCACUGCUCUUCCCUCAACGCCUCCCUGGCUUCCAUUGAUUCCGUGCCGGAGCUGGUAAGGAAGAGACACGAACCUUCAUAA